AUGGGCAUUUCCGGCCUCCUCCCCCUUCUCAAAUCAAUCCACAAACCUUGCAACCUCAAGAAGUUUUCGGGCCAGACAAUCGGAGUCGAUGCCUAUGGAUGGCUCCACAGAGGGACUGUUGCUUGCGCAAUAGAUCUAGCGCUCGGCAAGCCCACGACUAAAUAUGUCGAGUUCGCCAUGAGUCGCGUGCGAAUGCUCGUCCAUUUUGGCAUUAUACCGUAUAUUGUCUUCGACGGGGAUUAUCUCCCAAGCAAGUCGGGAACGGAGAAAGAGCGCGCAGCCCGGCGAAAGGAGAGCAAACGAGCCGGCUUGGAACUUCUCAAACUGGGCAAAACAUCCCAAGCACAUCUGGAGCUGCAGAAGGCCGUUGAUGUCACCCCGGAAAUGGCGCGCAUGUUCAUCGAGGAACUGAAGCGCCAUAACAUCCAGUAUGUUGUCGCACCAUACGAAGCCGACUCCCAACUCGUCUACCUGGAACGAAAAGAUCUCAUCCAAGGAAUUCUGUCUGAAGACUCCGACCUCCUGGUGUUCGGUGCCAAGUGUUUGUUGACGAAACUGGACCAGUACGGGGAUUGUGUCAUGAUCAACCGCAAUGAUUUCACCGCAUGUAGAGAAGUCAGUUUUGUUGGCUGGACGGAUAAAGAGUUCAGGUGCAUGGCAAUCCUCAGUGGCUGUGACUAUCUUAGCAAUAUCGACAAGAUGGGCCUGAAGACAGCAUAUCGGCUUCUCCGAAAGUACAAGACCAUCGAUCGUCUUAUUCGCGCUAUCCAGUUCGAUGGUAAAUUCAAGGUUCCAGCGGACUAUCUGGACUCAUUUACCCAAGCGGAAAACACUUUCUUGUAUCAAUGGGUGUUCUGCCCCCUCUUGAAGCAGGUCGUCAAUUUCAUGGACCCCGAACCAGGCGUCCAGAUCGAAGACUUACCAUAUAUCGGACGACAUGUACCACCAAACCUUGCUCGUGGAGUCUCAUCAGGCGACCUCAACCCUCAUACCAAAAAGCCAAUCGUCGUAGAGGCUGGCGUUCGGACACCGUUCAUACCCCUUGUGCCAUCCUCGCGAAAGCAGAGCACGGUGCAAACCCCGGACCUCAAAGGUUCCAAACCGAUUGACACGUUCUUCAAACCAAAGCGAACACCACUUGCGGAACUAGACAUAAACCUUUUCACACCAUCUCCAAGCCAGCAGAGGCUGAUUCAGCGGCCUUCAAGGCCGUGGUCUGCCUCUGCUGCACCAUCGCAGCCUCUCCGUACGGCCUCAUUCCCCUCCACAGCGCCACAACCAUCUCGCAGAACAAUCUCGGAAUCUUGGACUGGAGGAGCGCCUGCGCCGCGCACCUCGAAACGCCAGAGGCUGUGCGAUGAUCCUACGCCUGGCGAAGCCUCUGCUCGGGUUGAGUCCGGCCGGAGUAGGUUCUUUGCUUCUGCCGAGCCUAGCCCUUCUGUCAGGCCGUCACAGGCAAAGAUUAAAAGCAAGCAAGCGGGCAUCGAACCAUGGUCUGAUGAUUCGAUAGAGGAAGCAAUGGCCGAGCUACCUGGUUUCGAUGACUUCCAACCCAAAACAAAGAAAAAGGUGCCAAUCUUCACGGACGACUCGCAGACUUCUGCCAGCGGGGCUUCGCAAUCCACCAUAGCUUCUAAGAGUACAGGGGUUGAGUCACAGGAGACUGCAGGUGUGAUCACGCCUGCGACUUCUUAUGGUAGCCCGGCUGCGAUUGACGAUCAAAAGGAGGUAUCGUCCUUCAGUGCGCAUCUGUCUGCAGAGAUGCAGCAACUGAAGUCCAAGUUCUCAUACCAAAAGCCACCCGAUACGAAUGUUCCACGCGCAUCGAAGAUUCCUAGACCGAGGUCAUCUCCGAGAAAGAGUGCUGCCCGAAACCUCUCGGCCCCGAUGCCACUCUCAAUGGUACAGCCCUCUAGACUGAGCCCUCGCUCACGGAAAACUUCUGGACGUUCUUCGAUCAAGAAUAGAAAAGGAGCUGCCAGGCCUUCUCCACAGUCAUUGAAACAGGCUGAGCCAUUGGUUGAAGAGCGUAUCGUUGACUCGUUUGCCAAAGCCUGCACAUCGGAGGAGGUCGAGGACGAUUCGCUCCCGGAACUAGAGGACUCUGCGUGGUCUGCCAUGGAAGCCGAAAUUGUGGUCCCCAGGAGUGAUCCCAUAGUUUAUGAUGAAUCUCUAGCCACCGAUACUGCGCGGAUGACAGGAUCGGCACAACUAAAAGGCAGCGAAGACUACAUCGUUCCUGACAGCGAGGCAGAGGAGAGCGAUGGUUCGCCACUCCGAAAACCUUUCCUAGAUCUCGGCAGAUUUGCUUUCACGGCGAAUUGAUCCAUGGUUGGGCUCUUUCACAUCUUAUGCAUUCACGAAGCGGACUGCGGUUCACCGGCGUUUGGGGUAUGUUUACUUUCUGAUAUUUCUGGCCUGGAAAUAGGCCCGGGGGUGGGGUGGAUAUAGCGGUCCUAACCUGGCGGCACGGCGGGGUGAAAGAGGUAAUUCCUAUUCAAUGACUCUAACGGGUCACAAGUUCUGCAUUGUUAGCUGUCUAUACCCAUUUGGCCUAUAGCGGCCACUAUCAAGUCUACUCAUAUUCUUUCGUUCUGCGGCAUGUGAUCACUUUUCAUGUGCGGACAUUGUAUCGCGGAAGCAAGACAUACUACGUUCUAUUUUUCGUCUCACCGAGCACGUAUCUAGGAUCAGAUCAAUAGCACACGAGCUCUAGGUCGAUGAAUAUAAGCGAGUGUUACGC